GGUGGUGGUGGACAUGGAGGUGGAGGGCAUGGAGGUGGAGGGCAUGGUGGUGGUGGACAUGGAGGUGGAGGGCAUGGUGGUGGUGGACAUGGAGGAGGUGGAGGAUAUGGAGGUGGUGGGCCUGGACGAGAUGGUGGGCCCGGAGGAGAUGGCUAUGGAGGUGGUGGACCUGGCUGGGGUGGACGUGGAGGUGGUGGGCCUGGCUGGGGUGGAUAUGGAGGUGGUGGGCCUGGCGGUGGUGGUUAUGGUGGGCCUGGAGGAGGUGGCUACGGUGGCGGUGGACAUGGAGGUGGAUAUGGUGGCGGUUGCAGACACGGCUGUUGCUAUGGCGGUCAUGGAGGAGGUUGCAAGAGGUGCUGCACUGCUGCUGAGGCAGCUAUCAAAAAGGAGAACGGAAGCAAGCCAUAAGAACAAGGAUAUAUUUAGCUGAAUCUCAAUAUCUAUAUAAUAUGGUAUUAAUUAUAAAUAAAAAACAGGGAAGCAGUAAGAAAACUCCGAAGUUAACUUAAUUAACCCCCCUAGAACAUGGUGACCCUUGAAGCUUAUCUGAAAGCUCCAGUACUUGUGAAUUUCUCUGAGCAAUAAAAAUUUCUUUCAUGC